UCAGAAGGCUCUGGUGUGUGAGUCUGGCUGGGCUGUCGAGACUCGAGAGUCGGAGGGCUCAUGUCAGGGUGGAGGUCAGGUGUGACGACGACAGAAGCCCAAGAGUGUGCACACUGCGCAUGCACUUUGGAGAGCAGAAUCAUGGCUGCCGUUCUGGGUUUUGGGCGUUCUUGCGCUCUACAGCUUCAGAUCUCAGCGCUACUUCAUUGAGCAAGGGAGUUGAGGGGAAGUGACUCGGACAGACGAGAGGCAGACGGGAGAAGAAAGAAGGCAAAGGUCGCAACUGGUCGAUCGCCGGGGCUAGCCAGGAGCUAAACCUGUCUAAGGAUUCUUGGGAUGGUCGUGAGCUGCACGACUUCAAGCAUUUCUCCAAACUAGCGAAAGGAGCUCCUGCAGAAGCAGCCCGACAUUAGCAAAUCCCAAAAAACCUCAAGCAUGAGCUCAAAGUGGGAUACUUGAGAAUCGGAAGGAUUGCAGUCCCAAUUACGAGUGAAGACUUGAAUAAUUCUAGUUUCACUGAUUUGGAUACCUAUACAUCCUACUGUAAGAGCUUGUAUUUUCUGAAAAUGGUACAAACAGGAAAUCCAUCCUCUCAUAUUGCUGGUGGUGAGGAAUGGGAGCGUUCUUUCUCCUCUGAAGAUUGAAGAAAGGGUUUCUUUCAGCACAUUGGCGGUUUGUAAUUGCGGGGCACAAUGAAGCAAGCAUUUGGGGGUCUCUUCCGGAGGAAAGAAAAGAAGGUUAAGUUGGUGGACGCAGAUUCAGACACGGACGUCGAGUUCCGCGACAAGCUUCAGGAUGCGGUGGAAGCCAAGGCUCAGUACGACGAGCUCCUGCGGGUGGCGAGGCACGCAGCACAGCAGGCCCAGGGUUUUGCCCAAGCCCAACAUGACCUUGCGUCGUGCUUCUCCGAGACUUUUGGCAACUCGGAGACAUAUGGGAACUCGGAUGAUAUGGAGAUCGCGGAUUGCUUCAAGCGCCUGGGCCGAAUCCAGGGGGAGAUUUCGAAGCUUCUCGACCAAUAUAGCGGACACCUGCAUCAGACGGUGAUUUUGCCCACCGGGGAGCUACAGCACGAACUCGAACGGAUGGACGGCUCUCGGAAAGUCUGGGAGGAAAAGCGGCAAGCGUGCGAGGCGGCGAAGGCGCGCUGCGUGCGCGGCCGGCGGCGCGGGAGCUGGGCGCAGAACGGGGACGAGCCGCUGGAGGACCAGGCGACGCUGACGGCGCAGGACGAGUACGACGACGCGCACAUGGCGCUGGGGCAGCAGCUGAUGGCCAUCGAGCACCGCCGGCCCAAGAUACUCAUCCAACAGGCGGCGCGCCUGCACGCAGCGCAGAUGACCCUGUUCACGCGCGCGCUCCAGAACGUGCACGCGAUUGAGCCGUACAUCAAGGACCUGUGCGUGCAGCGCAACGUGGACCGUCGAUUACCCAACGGGGACGGCUACUCGGACGACGAACACGAGGACGACGAGCGGAGCAACGCGGACUCGGUCGAGCACGCGCCGUGGGACGACUCCGACAGCCAAGGGUCUUCGCCGACAGGGCAUCGCGAGAUUAAGGACCUGCCCCCAGAGACUGCCGCCGAGUGGUCGACGCUGCUGCACAGCCUGGACCAGACGCUGCAGGACAUGGGCGAGCAGACGCUCGACCAAAAGGAUGCCGUCUUCGUCGUCAACGCGUUGCUCAUGGCCUCCAGCGAGGGCAAGGGCCACCACGUGUACCAGCGCAGCCAAUCCGGGCCCUCCUCCCUCAACACGCACUCCGGCAGCCGCUCCGCCCCGCUUUCUUCCACGGGGGUCCCCCUGCACCUCCUGCAAGCCGCCGGGGGUGCGAACGCCAAGGCGAAAACGCCCCCCCGCGAGGAGGCGACACCCCUCGGGAGAGAUGCCGGCGAGGCGGCUCACAGGCGACCGGAUUUGCAGAUUCAGGUGGAAGGGAUGAGCAAGAGCGGGCCCCUGACGCCGUCGGUGGCGGCGGGUGGGGCUGGGGCGCAGCCCAGCCAACAAACUGCCUCCAGUUCUGCCCCCGCACCGCGGACUCCCCCCCCCCUCACUCGCUCCUCCGCUUCCCGAGGCUCCACCAUGUACCGCGCUGCCAAGUCCGGCCCAGUCUUCCCGAUCUCCGCCCCAGGGGGUGCGUUCGGGCAGACGCGGACUGUCUACUCCACAAAUAAUCGCACGGGCCCACCUUUCGUCCAGCAGGGGUCCAGCUCUCUCGUGGACUUAAUAGCGGCGAGAGGGGGCACCGCGCAGUCCUCCAAGCCGCGCAACAGCAGCGUGUACGCGUCCAAGUCGGGCCCCAUCAUCAUGACCCAGCCGCGGGGGGUCCCCGUCAACCCGUCCCGCGUCGGCACGUCCCUCACCACCGAUUCCAUCCCCUACUCCCUCCCCACCGAAGCCUCGCAAGGACCCCCCCGAAUAUCAACGGAACCCAUCGUCCCCAAAUCCGGGCCUAUCGGACGGUCCCCCCUCGCCAAAAGCUCCCUCCCCGCGCCGCCUGCGCAAGUGGGCUCCGCCCCCCCCGGGGGGGGACAUUUUCUGGGGGGCGGUCCGCUGGUCCGUUCCGCUGAGCCGAUGCUUCCGAACAGUUCCGGGAUGCCGGCGGGUUCCGAGGGAGACGGGCCGUCGCCGCUGCCGCCCCCUCCUCCAGGAACGGUUGGGAAAUUGCUCCAGAGGCGGAACUCCGGAAGGGAUCGUGCGGAGCAGGCGAUCAACGGGGGCAACGGUCUGGUGAUCAAUAUCCCCCCCAAUCAGCAAAUCGUCCACACCAAGAGCGCGCGCGUGCGCCCCAUGCAGCCGCCUUUGAGCCCCAUCACUCCCUCGGAAGACGGCCGCUCGACGCCGUCGCCCGCCGGCCAACCCCCUCCACCCGUCGGUGCGCCUUACGUCCACCAGGCGCUUAGUCACAUGGGCAUGGAAGAAAACUCCAUGCGUCGCAGCAUGUCAUUUGAGAUCGCCCCCCCGGGGGGUAAGGCCCUUCCCCUGACGCCCGCAACGAACGACCCCCCCCGGAGGAGUCCAAUGCAUCCGAUCUCCCCAGAACCGCCGCUCGUGACCAUUUCUUCCCCCCUGCCUGCAAUGCCCCCGUCCACCCCCCCAGAGAGGCCAGAAUCGCAAGGAGCACUGAACGCUCUGGCGGGCUUGGAGCGUGAGGAGCUGAUCAAGGCCGUCAAUUCGGACAACUUCCGGUGGAAGCUUUUGGAAGACGCCCCGUACCAGGGGCCCAAACAGGUCCCGGAGUUGGAAACGCUAGCGCCCGACCAACGGCAGCACUUGUUCCAAACCCUAGCGCGGGCCGUCAAGUCUCGGCGAGAGGCGUUCAUCGACGAGCACACACACGGCUUCUCGGACUUGCCGAGGGAUAUGCAGGCCGAAGAGGCGUGCUAGUCUAAGAUACGUAGGCUAGGAGGAUCACGCGAGGCUCGGAGAAUGACAUACUCGGGAAGUAGCAGCCCGUAAUAAGCCGGUGUAUUGAGUCCAUACGUCCUUGCUGUCCGUAAUUUGUAGUCAGUGCAGGCGCAGAAGGUGACGAAGAGGUCCGGUCUGCAAUCAGCUGCUUUCGUGGCGUGCGACAGCCGCCAAGGAGUCUGAUUGCGGCGGCCGAUGGCUGUCUUGCCCUCUUCGAAAGUGCAGACGUCUAGGUGGCCAUCGUGCCGCUACUAGACAUACUAAUUUGUAGAUUUGUGAGCGCUCAUUAAGUGUGUCAAACUUUGCUCUUUCUUGUCGCUCAGCUGCUGAAGACAAGGUUGAGUCGCGACCUGGUUGCUUAGUGCCGGGAGUUGGAUACAGAUGUCCUCUAACUAGGGAAACCCGCUGAGUUACUUGUCAACAAAGUUCG